GUCAGGUUGUGUUGCAGACGUGAGGAAACAUGGCGUCCACAGCGGCGGGGAAGCAGCGAAUUCCAAAAGUGGCCAAGGUUAAAAACAAAGCGCCGGCAGAGGUGCAGAUUACAGCCGAGCAGCUGCUGAGAGAGGCCAAAGAGAGGGAACUUGAGCUUCUGCCUCCACCUCCUAAACAGAAGAUCACAGAUGAGGAAGAGCUUAAUGAUUACAAACUAAGGAAAAGGAAGACCUUUGAAGAUAACAUUAGGAAGAACAGGACGGUUAUUAGUAACUGGAUAAAAUAUGCACAAUGGGAGGAAAGUCUAAAGGAAAUUCAGAGGGCACGGUCUAUAUACGAACGUGCUUUAGAUGUGGAUUACAGAAAUAUUACACUAUGGCUGAAGUAUGCAGAGAUGGAGAUGAAGAGCCGCCAGGUUAAUCAUGCACGAAAUAUCUGGGACAGAGCAAUCACUACCCUACCCAGGGUCAAUCAGUUCUGGUACAAGUAUACCUAUAUGGAAGAGAUGCUCGGAAAUGUGGCUGGAACGCGGCAGGUUUUUGAACGUUGGAUGGAGUGGCAACCUGAGGAGCAAGCUUGGCAUUCUUACAUCAACUUUGAGCUCAGAUACAAAGAGGUGGACCGGGCCAGGUCUAUUUAUGAGAGAUUUGUAAUUGUGCACCCUGAUGUGAAGAACUGGAUCAAAUAUGCUCGCUUUGAAGAGAAGCACGGUUAUAUUGCCCACGCACGAAAAGUUUAUGAAAGGUCCGUGGAAUUCUUCGGGGAAGAUCACAUGGAUGAAAACCUGUAUGUUUCAUUUGCUAAAUUUGAAGAGCAUCAAAAAGAAUUUGAAAGAGUCCGUGUCAUCUAUAAAUAUGCUUUGGACAGAAUAUCAAAGCAACAGGCCCAAGAGUUAUUCAAGAAUUACACUAUUUUUGAGAAGAAAUAUGGUGACCGGAGAGGUAUUGAAGAUAUUAUAGUCAACAAACGGAGGUUCCAGUAUGAAGAAGAAGUAAAGGCAAAUCCUCAUAAUUACGAUGCUUGGUUUGAUUAUCUGCGGCUGGUUGAAAGUGAUGCUGAUCCUGACACAGUUCGAGAAGUUUAUGAACGGGCUAUUGCCAAUGUCCCACCUACAAAGGAGAAGAGACACUGGAAGAGAUACAUUUAUCUGUGGAUAAACUAUGCCUUGUAUGAGGAGCUAGAAGCAAAGGACCCAGAGAGAACAAGGCAAGUCUACCAGGCCUGCUUAGAACUAAUCCCUCACAAAAAAUUCACAUUUGCAAAAAUCUGGCUGAUGUACUCACAGUUUGAAGUCAGACAAAAAAAUCUUCCAUUUGCAAGAAGAGCUUUGGGCACAUCCAUUGGGAAAUCUCCAAAGAACAAACUGUUUAAAGGUUACAUUGAACUGGAGCUGCAGCUAAGAGAAUUUGACCGUUGCCGAAAGCUUUAUGAAAAGUUUCUGGAAUUUGCCCCCGAGAACUGCACAACAUGGAUAAAAUUUUCAGAGCUGGAGACUAUUUUGGGUGACGCUGAACGAGCUCGUGCAAUAUAUGAACUGGCUAUUGGACAGCCACGACUUGACAUGCCUGAGGUGCUCUGGAAAUCCUACAUUGAUUUUGAAAUCGAACAAGAAGAAUUUGAAAAGACUAGAACCCUUUACAGGAGGCUUCUCCAACGAACACAGCACGUUAAGGUCUGGAUUAGCUUUGCACAAUUUGAAUUAACUAGCAGCAAUGAGGACACAUUGGGAAAAUGCAGACAGAUCUAUGAAGAAGCCAAUAAGAGUCUAAGAAAUUGUGAGGAGAAAGAGGAGAGGCUGAUGCUGCUUGAAUCUUGGAGAAACUUUGAGGAGGAAUUUGGGACAGAAUCCACAAAAGAAAGAGUAGCCAAACUUAUGCCAGAGAAGGUCAAGAAGAGGAGAAAACUGCAAGGAGAAGAUGGGUCUGAUGCAGGAUGGGAGGAAUACUACGAUUAUAUCUUUCCAGAAGAUGCCGCCAAUCAGCCUAAUCUUAAACUGCUUGCAAUGGCCAAACUUUGGAAGAAACAGCAGAAAGAGGAAGAGCAGACUGAUGAACCGGAUCCAGAUAAAGACAUUGAUGAGAGCAGUUCCUGACACUGAUUUUUCCAGUGUCCUUGCUUUGUUUGUACAUAGUGCCACUUACCAGUGACUCUCACAAGGCUGCUUUUUUUUAAAAAAUAAUAAAUAAAACCUGUCUGAAUAUAA